AUGCAGUUGUUUUUUGAUAUUUGUUGUAUGUUCUUCCCUCUCAGUUCUCGUACUAAAAAAGUAAACAUGGUGUCUAAGGAGGUGGAUGAACAACCAUGCAGGGAGGAGAUGUCACCCCAACUUGAUUUGACAUUAGCCGUCAAAGAGCUUCAUGCUUUAAGUUCUAAGGAUCUUGGCGAACUAAUAAGAGAUGCCGAAGAUGGUAUUGUUAAAUAUGUUAAACAAGAUGGAUCAUCUUUAGAGAUAAGUGUGGAAAUCCUAGCAAGGCAUCUUGUCAAGUACAUAAUGGAACAUCUUAUACCAUCUAAAGUAAAUGAGGAGAAUUUCAAACAUAUGUUAAGUGGUUUAAGAUUAUUGCAUACCUUGUGUGAUAUUGCAUGUCACCAUUCAACACUUGCGCAGGUUUUGGUUGAAGAUACGAGUGUACAGGAUGAGAUACUUAAUUCGAUAUUUCGCAUUAUUGAUUUUCUUAGCCAGUCAGGAGAGAAAAUUAGUGGUUCAAGCCGAAUGGUCCUUUUGUACUCAGCAUUGUUGUCUAGUAGUAUGUAUCUACUUAAAGCGUUGAUUUCUUCCGAGUGGCAAGACAUCACAAAUGAUCUACUUGCACAUUCUAAGGUUGAUGAAUUCACAACAACAGCUUUUAUCGCGCUCUGUGUGGUUAUUAAUUCUCUUCAAGCGAAGCUGCCAGAUCAGCAUAUUGACUCUCGCAUGAGGUCAAAUGCUAAUGACGUCUACUGUCUCUACCAUCUUUGUGAAUCUUCUCUGCAGUUUCUUCAAUCAGCAUGCAAACAGAUGGUAUUUCGGGAACGCCUUGUUAAGAACAAGGAUCUAUGUGGAGAAGGUGUUGUUCUUCAGUUAGUUCAAAGCACCUUGAAACUGUCGCAAUGCGAAGAUCGGUAUCUUACGAAUGUGGUUUAUUGGCUUAAAUCAAAAGCUUUAUCAAUUAUGCUACUUCUUUGUGAAGCAGAAAGCACAUCUUUCUUCGAAAUGGCUUCUAGCACCACUCAAAGCAAGGAGUUAGUUAAGACAACUAUUUUUGAGACAGAAGUUUUGACCAGAGUGUUUCUACAACCUCAAAAAGAAUUCUUGUCUACUUGGUGUUCCAAUGACCAUGAGCCCAUUGAAGAGGAGAAUGUUAUGGAUUUUGAUUCCAUAUCAGCAGCUGGACAGGUGCUGGGUUUGAUAUCUAAGUCACAUGUCCAACAUUCUACAUGGAAUAACUCUCAGGGUUCUCCAACUCCUUAUGCAUAUCAGAGAACAUCUUUACUCGUCAAAAUUCUAGCUGAUUUAAGUGAAGAAGAAAAUGCUCGCUUUGUGAGUGAUUUUCUGGAGUGCUUGCAAACGGAAGCUUCUAAGUUACCUGGUGGUGCUGCCGAAAGAACAGCUGCCGCUAGCAGAAACCUAUUUUACUUACUAAAUCAUGCCGAAUCUUUGACUCCUGCUUACCUAAAUGCACAAGAUGUGCUUGUCCUCAGGUGGUUCGUUAGUCAACUGGAGCAACCACUUGCAGCUAAAGAAUCCGAUAUCCACAGAGCUAUGGAGGUUCACAAUAGAGCACGAUGCCCAUCUCCGACACAUCAAAGCCUAUCUCCUAUUGUGGAUGACCGAAGUGGUAACGAUGAUGAGAGCGUACCAGUAACUAUGGCUAGAGUCCAAGUUGACUAUUUGGCUUGCAAUGAAAAUGGCGAAAAUCAGUUGAGUGAAGAUACUACUCAACUGUGGUUAAGUAACCGUAGGGGCAAACUAGUACGUGCAGCUGCUAAGGCUGCUCGCGUACAUUAUGAUGAGGACAACGCUUUGCCUGAAAAAGAAACUGGGUCAGGGCCAGACCCAAAUUCACCGGAUGAUCUUUUGGAUGAAGAUUAUGACCCGUCUCCAUCUACAUCCCAACUGACCCACCGGAAACAUCGCAGGAGAUCAGUUUCAAGAACCAAAGAUACGGUUGUGAUCCCUGAAAAGUGUUUUAAAUUCAAGGUUGGACAACAUGUUAUACUUACAGAUGAUAAAGGAGAAGAGGUGGCAAAAGGAACCAUACAUCUAGUCAAAGGUGUAUGGUCUGGAAAAGAUUUGGAGGAAUCAAGUUCGUGUGUGGUAGAUGUUGAAGAACUCAAGGUGCCGGCUAACAAGCAACCGCCACACCCAACUGAUGCGGGUACCGCAUUUUCUGAGGCUCGACCUUGUGAAAUAAGAAUGUUGUGGAAAUCCAGCGAACUUGUCUUGAUCCAGCAGCAGUUGCCUUGA